UUUCAGACAUUUCACUUCAAUUUCUAGCUCAUCUUUCUAGUUCUAAGCAUCAAAUUUGGCUACCAAGUCUUUCCUUCAAUAUAAUAUUUGGUUGUGACCUUGAAGCACAUGGUAUCCUUACCCCACUUGACUUUUCCUAAUCAGUUUCAUUCAAUAGAUGACAGAAUAAAAAGAAGAAGAUACUAAGAAUCCUCCCAUGUGGGUCUUUCUUAUCAGUUUGUUAGGGGUUAGAAGCUUGUGGUUGCAGCAAUGGAGAAUAGUCAUGACCAUCAUGACAUUUGUGAGUCUUCUUCCGGUGAAGCUGAUCAGAAAGUGGAAGUUCUUGAUCUUUUGGAGGAGUCUUGGUUUUUUGAGAACUUGUUCAAUAGGAGAAGAAGGAUGUUAAGAUGUUAUUCUGAUCCUUGUACUUCAUCAAACUUUAGCCAAGAGGUUUUGGCAAAAGAUUCAUGUAUCCAAAACUCUGAAUCAACAAAGAAAUUCCAGGAUAAAGGUUCAGCACAUUGUAGUUUGAUAGGGAGGGAGGAACAGGUUCAAGAAAGGAAAAGCAAUGAUGGGAGGAGCAAAUUGAAUAGGCAAUUAUCUCUUCAAGCAUCAGAAACAACUUGUACAGAGAAGAUACAUGAGAUUCAAGAAAAGAAAACUGAUAGGAAGAGCCAAUUGAGUGGACAAUCAUCGCGAAUUAAUCUGCUGAGGACACCUUCCUUGCCAACUUCUAAGGGGAGGAGAGAGUUAAUUCAAGAUAAUGACAGUGAUAUUAGAAUGAGCAAAUUGAUUCGACAAGCAUUGGCUAACUCUUCUGACACCUUGCCCCCAAGGCACAGUCCUAGUAAGGCCAUGACACAAAGUUGCAGCAUGCAAAGAUGUAGACGACCAAGAAAUCUAGAAAUGGAAACGACUAACAAUACCAAUGUGGUUCAGGAAAUGAGACGACGGUAUUCAAAUCAGAAGAUACUGCAAAAAAGCCAAAGUGAUCUUGCAUUCCAGGAACUGCAAGGGUUCAAGGAUUUAGGAUUCACAUUUGACAAGGAAGACCUGAGCCCCGGUGUUGUGAGCAUACUCCCAGGCCUGCAGGAAAACAAGAUAGAGGACUCGAAACAAGAUAACGUGAGGAGGCCUUAUUUGUCUGAGGCAUGGCUUGUACAAAGCCAUCCACCUCCCAUUCCAAAUUGUGUAUCUAAGGAUUCAGCAGAAGAUAUGAAAGAACAACUCAAGUUUUGGGCCAGAGCUGUGGCAACUAAUGUUCGACAAGAGUGCUGAAAAAUCGUUAAACAUUAACAAUUUCUUCUACCAAAGAAAGAGGUGAUUCUUUCCUCAGUGUUCAAGUUCAGAAGGCAAAGAUGGAAGGGAAGUUCUUGUCUGAUAGUAGUUUGAAUUUUUUAUGUGAACAAUUUUGUGGUGCCUGUAACUCUUAUGUUGAUAAACUAACGUGGAUAU